CUAAACCCAGCGCGCGCUGCCCCGCCGCUCUCACUUCGCCAGCGCCGCCCGCGCCUGCUUUCAUCGUGGGUCCGCGCGUGCUUCAGCUCCAUGGCGCUCCUCGUGCGGCUGCUGCCCCUCGCUCUGGCACUGUCUCUGGGCUUCACCGGGACCCUGGCGGGCCCGGCCAAGUCACCCUAUCAGCUGGUGCUGCAGCACAGCCGGCUCCGGGGCCGCCAGCACGGCCCCAAUGUAUGUGCUGUGCAGAAGGUCAUUGGCACUAACAAGAAGUACUUCACCAACUGCAAGCAGUGGUACCAGAGGAAGAUCUGUGGCAAAUCGACAGUCAUCAGCUAUGAGUGCUGCCCCGGAUAUGAAAAGGUCCCAGGAGAGAAAGGCUGCCCCGCAGCUCUUCCACUCUCCAAUCUGUACGAGACCUUGGGAAUUGUGGGAUCGACCACCACACAGCUGUACACAGACCGCACAGAAAAGCUGAGGCCUGAGAUGGAGGGACCCGGCAGCUUCACCAUCUUUGCCCCUAGCAACGAGGCCUGGUCCUCCUUGCCUGCGGAAGUGCUGGACUCCCUGGUGAGCAACGUCAACAUUGAACUGCUCAAUGCCCUCCGCUACCACAUGGUGGACAGGCGGGUCCUGACAGACGAGCUCAAGCACGGCAUGGCUCUCACCUCCAUGUACCAGAACUCCAACAUCCAGAUCCAUCACUAUCCCAACGGGAUUGUAACCGUUAACUGUGCCCGGCUGCUGAAAGCUGACCACCAUGCGACCAACGGCGUGGUGCAUCUCAUUGAUAAGGUCAUUUCCACCGUUACCAACAACAUCCAGCAGAUCAUCGAGAUCGAGGACACCUUUGAGACACUUCGGGCCGCCGUGGCUGCAUCAGGACUCAAUACCGUGCUGGAGGGUGAUGGCCAGUUCACACUCUUGGCCCCAACCAACGAGGCCUUUGAGAAGAUUCCUGCUGAGACCUUGAACCGGAUCCUGGGUGACCCCGAGGCCCUGAGAGACCUGCUAAACAAUCAUAUCCUGAAGACAGCCAUGUGUGCUGAGGCCAUUGUGGCUGGAAUGGCCAUGGAGACCCUGGGGGGCACCACACUGGAGGUGGGCUGCAGUGGAGACAUGCUCACUAUUAACGGGAAGGCUGUCAUCUCCAACAAAGACAUCCUGGCCACCAACGGUGUCAUCCACUUCAUUGAUGAGCUGCUCAUCCCAGAUUCAGCCAAGACACUGCUCGAGCUCGCUUCGGAAUCUGACGUCUCCACAGCCAUCGACCUCCUCAGACAAGCUGGCCUCAGCACGCAUCUCUCUGGAAAAGAACAGUUGACCUUCCUGGCCCCUCUGAAUUCUGUGUUCAAAGAUGGUGUCCCCCGCAUCGACGGCCAAAUGAAGACUUUGCUUCUGAACCACAUGGUCAAAGGGCAGUUGGCCUCCAAAUAUUUGUACUCCGGACAGACACUGGACACACUGGGUGGCAAAAAGCUUCGAGUUUUUGUUUAUCGAAAUAGCCUCUGCAUUGAAAACAGCUGCAUUGCCGCCCAUGACAAGAAGGGACGGUAUGGGACCCUGUUCACCAUGGACCGGAUGCUGACACCCCCUAUGGGGACUGUUAUGGAUGUCCUGAAGGGGGACAACCGUUUUAGCAUGCUGGUGGCCGCCAUCCAGUCUGCAGGCCUGAUGGAGACCCUCAACCGGGAAGGGGUCUACACUGUUUUCGCUCCCACAAACGAAGCGUUCCAAGCCAUGCCUCCGGAAGAGCUGAACAAACUCUUGGCAAAUGCCAAGGAACUUACCAACAUCCUGAAGUACCACAUUGGGGAUGAGAUCCUGGUUAGCGGAGGCAUUGGGGCCCUGGUGCGACUGAAGUCUCUCCAAGGGGACAAACUGGAAGUCAGCUCGAAAAACAAUGCGGUGAGUGUCAAUAAGGAACCUGUUGCUGAAACCGACAUCAUGGCCACAAACGGUGUGGUGUAUGCCAUCAACACUGUUCUGCAACCGCCAGCCAACCGGCCACAAGAACGGGGAGACGAGUUGGCAGACUCUGCCCUCGAAAUCUUCAAGCAGGCGUCAGCCUAUUCCAGGGUAUGUGUUCCCCACCACCACCAGUGAGCCACAGCUGAGGAGGGCAGCCCUGGGAUCGACCUCCCCCAUGGGGGCAGCUAACCCGUGUGUUAGCCACCUGGCUGUCGGGCCUCCGAAUUCGUCUUCGGUUUCCAAGGCUAACCUAUCUUCUGCAGUGUGUGGUUACUUUGGCGUGUGUGGAGUUGGGUCAGGCGAAGCCCGUUAGGACUUACUAAAGCUUUGGUCUCUAGAGAAGAGGUUUCAGGGUAGAGCCCUGAUCCCGGAGGCUGGAGCCCUCACAUGGGCAGUCUGCUUUUGAACAGAGAUCUCCAGAAGGGCUGAACUCGUAUCUUGGGAGACGCUUCAGCUGACAGCUGACACUCCAGCUCUAAGCUCUGGUCUCAGUGGAGACGCUUAGCUUGGGGUCCCCCAGGGAUGUCUACCUUCUAUAUCAGUGCCCGUUUGAGAGGAGGCUUGUACAGUCAAGGGCUACUACCUGAGGGGGUUCUUUGGAGCCUGUGGGUUCAAGUUUUCCCCUUCUCUACCUCAGCCUUUGUUUUGAGUGAGGCCAGUGCAGUGUAAAGCCCCUCUAUAUGCAGGUUCUGUGACAAGAGGUACUAAGAAACCUGACGCCUUAGGCAGGCGUAGCAAGGGGGAAAAAAAAAACAAAAGCGAAGGAAAUCCUGACUUGUUC